AUGACGUUCAGAGAUCAGAACGCUGGUCAGGGCGAAGCUUUAAUCCAAUAUCGAGGCUGGGUCUAUGAGAUAACCAGCGAGCCAUCAGACCAACUUUAUGGUACCGUGGAAUAUGUUAUCAAGUAUAAGCCCAAUCGACACUUUGUUGGGAACCCGAUUGAGGAGAUACCGUUGUGGGUGGUCUAUCGAGGCCACGCCUUCGCAGCUACGACAAUCGACGUGGCUAGCGUCGAGCACCUUGCGGUCAAGGUGGUGAGCGCCGACAACCCCCUUUUCGAGUACCCGGAACCUGAGAUGUUUACUACCUUGAUUUUGGGCGGCAUCAACAGCACUAGCACUGAGUCUGUCAGCACAAGUCCGACGGCUUUCCAAGCAAACCCUUGGCUUAUGAGACCACUACCUGGUCAACAUGGCCGUCCUAUCCACCUGUAUCUCCUGCCAAUCUCUCAACCCUUCAUCCAGCCAGCACGCCAACACAUGCAGCCACCCGCACAAGUACCGACCGAGCCACACCCGCCGCAAAUGACGCCUACCUACGACAGCCCGCACCCGAUGCCCUCCCGAGCCACGAUAGUCACUAAAGCCACUCUCCCCUACCUCUACGAUCUGCCCGCACACCUACGCGCUGAGGCCAGGGCAACGAUGAUCGAGCCAGCCCCUCAGAAGCCCGGCGAGUCGAGCCAAGACUGUCGCCAGAGGCUCGAUGCCGCGCAGAGGCUCGUACGCGACGAGCUGCUGGAGCGGGCGCUGCUCGUCCUCAACCGACCGCUCAGGUACGGAGACUUCCGCGCGGUGACCGAAGCCCUCAACCGGAGGCUGGAGGGGACCCUGGGUCCGAAUGGCAGGGUGUACCGGCCAAAGGGGUUCAACACCGUCGACUCGCACGUUAGGAAGGCGGACUGGUGGAGUGGUUUCGUGGCCAGGGUCCUUCCUUGA